AUGCCGUUCUUACCUUUAUCUACCAUCUCUAACUUGAGGAAGGAACUGGAAGGAACGCACGUCGAAAUUCUAACCUGGGGAUGUGAUGGUUACGAGGACGGAAUCAAGCAAUGGAGUGACUCUUGCGAUGAACAAGUUGGUGCUGUAGUCCGGGUCAGAACAAUCGACGAAGCAGCCGCAGUCGUCCGCUUUGCCGGAUGCCAUCAAAUUCCCUUCACAACCAGAAGCGGAGGGUACUCAACUACUGGAGCCUCGACAAUUCGUGGUGGUAUCGUCUUGGACCUUUGCAAUCUACGAAAGGUCCACGUGGAUCCGGUAGCUGAAGUGCUCACUGCACAGGGUGGGGCCCUGUGGGAAGAUAUCGAUGUUGCAGCAGCCCAGUACAGGCUAGCUGUUGUCGGAAGUACACUGAACCAUAUUGGGGUAGCAGGAGCAACAUUGGGAGGGGGUUACGGAUGGCUGACCGGCCAGUUUGGCCUAGCGGUUGACAAUUUGCUCUGGGCAAGAAUGAUUCUAGCCGAUGGCAGCGUUAUUACCACAUCAGAAGAGCAACAUCCAGAUCUCUUUUGGGCCAUUCGUGGGGCCGGUCAAAGUUUUGGAGUGGCCAUAGAGUUGUGCUUCCGAGCUCAUAAACAGAACCACGCUGUAUUUGCUGGGACGCUUCUUUUCUCAGCUGAUAAGCUACGUGGGAUUGUUCAUUUUGCGAACCAGUUCGAGACUCUUACCGAUGGGAAGCAGGGCUUCUGGUUUGGGUUCACCGCGUCGCGCUUAUUGACCGAGUGCGCCAUCUUGGUGGUUGUCUUCUAUAACGGGAAUCAAAAAGAUGCAGAGCGAUUUUUUUCCCCGGUGUUCUCCCUGGAACCAGUGGUGAAUGAGGCACACAUGAUUCCCUACGAUAGUCUCAACGGCAUGUUGAAUGCGGUUGAUACAAUGACUCGUCGCCGCAGUCUUGGCGGGUUCGAUAUUAUCCUUCCUGUCGACGAAAACGUGGGUCCUCGAAAAAGCCUGCGAGGAUCGAAUGUUACUCUCCCUUUGGAUUCUAAUCUCAUAGAAUCGAUAUUCCACGAAUUCGAUGGUAUCUUGAGGGAGUUCCCGCAGGCCAGGGAAAGCACGUUAUUUUUUGAACUCCUGCCAAAUACACAGGUCGCCAAGGUUCCAAACAAUGCUACCGCUUUUGCUAGCCGGGGCCCUUAUUAUAAUGUCAGUUCUAUAUUCAGAUGGCAUGAUCCUCACCUGGAUGAGAGAAUCCGCUCGCUACAGACAGAUCUAGUGAACCGGAUUGGAACAAUUGCAGGCAUCGCAGCCCAACCCAACUAUGAUAUGUCCAAGCAAGGAACCGGAGUGUAUGCGAACUAUGCGGCGAGUGACCUGCCCAAUGAGGCAAUAUUUGGAAAUAAUCUGCCGCGUCUUCGACAGCUGAAGAAGAAGUAUGAUCCGCAUAAUAUCUUCAGAAAGUGGCACAACAUCAAAGCUUUUAUCGAUGCACAGGGAUAG